CACAAGCUCCCUCCGUCAUUUGUCGUUAACGGACACGACCUGGGUGACAAUUAUGUGAUUUAUCGGUAGAAAAUGCUUUAAAUAUUAACAUUAGCGUGUGAUAUUCAAGGAGAGGAUAAUGCUGGCCUUCGAUUUAGACACACGCUGAACUUCUGUCUGUCUCUCUUUUUAUUUGUCUGUCUCUUCCUCUGAUCUGUCUAUAGUCGAUGACAUGUCUCUGGCUCAGAGGGUUUUGUUGACAUGGGUCUUCACCCUGGUCUUCCUCAUCAUGUUAGUUCUCAAACUGGACGGGAAGGUGCAAUGGAACUGGUUCCUCAUCUUCCUCCCUGUUUGGGUCUUCGAUGGCAUCCUCAUCCUCAUGCUUGCCAUCAAGAUGGCGGGCCGUUGCAAGCCCGGGUACGACCCGCGCAACGGUUCGCCAGACCUGCGCCUGCGUGCCUGGUACCUGGUGGCCAUGCUGCUCAAGCUGGGCUUCUGCCUGACACUGUGCGCCAAGCUGGAGAAUCUGGCUGAAGUUAAGCUGACAUUUGUGUGCAUACCACUGUGGACCAUGUUACUGGGAGCGCUGGUGGAGCUGGGGCUGAAUAUCUUUCCUGAGAGGAGAGAGGCCUAAGAGGGAUCAAACCUCAUCAUAAAUCAUCACACCAACCAAAAAACAGCUGAAAAAAAAUCUGAAAACAGGUGUCGGGAGCUGAUUUUUGUUUGUAUGACCGUGACUUUGUGAAAUUGGAGCUUUUGCUUUUAAUAUUUCCAGGACUGACACUCAUGGAAGAAUCAAGUUCAUCUCAAGAAUAAGAAAUUCUGCGUUGAAAUGAUUCAUGUGUGUUCAGACCUCAGCGGACUGUGCUGGGCUUCAGCAGAGCUGGGUCUCUGCUCUCUUUGCUGCUUAAAAGCUGCUAGUAAAUCCAUCACAUUAGAAUAUUCAGAAUAGCUCAACAGAGUCAAAUCAUAACUGCUUUUUUGAUAUGAAGAAAAACUGGGGAUCAACUGUGUCCUUGUAAAACUACUGUGAAGCCGACACUGGAAGAGACUUUAAAGUCCUCCAAUGUUUGUGUUUGUUUUCUGCCGGCAGAGCUGCUCUUUAACUGGAAGCUAGAUGUUGAAUUAUGUUUCCUUUUUCUUUUAAGCAUUAGCUGUCGCUCACUGCAGAGUGAUUGUAUGUAUGGAGGUGAAUUUUUUGUGUGUAUAUGUUGUAAAUAUUGUGUGGCUGUAUUUACACAACACUUUUUCUUCUCAUUCCUGACCCGUGAAGGGUUUCUGGCUAAAUAUUGUUUCACAAGUUAUAAAUUAACCCUAAAAGAGUUCAUUGUAACAGCUCAGUUUGGCUGCAAGCACGCAAGAAAUGAAGAGCAAUUUUAAGGAACAACUUGUGAUAUUCCCUCCUCGCCCUGCACAAGGUCUCUUUUGUACCGUGUAAAUCAUCACGUGUCCCGUGUAACUCAGUAAGCUCUUAUUAUGUCUCUGCACAGAGACUGAAGUCCAAGGUCAAUAAGACAACCAAAUUACUGAAGUAAUUUACUCUACACUUCAGAUAAAUACCAGCAAUUUUUGUGUCAAGUUGGUUAUCGUUUCACAUUUUUACUUUACGGCCGAUACUGACAUUUAUUUUGGUGCCAUUUGAGUGUUAAGUAUUAUUUCAUAUGAAUUCUUUGCAUUAU